UUUACUGUAUUCAGUUAAUAGUCAGUAAAAGUUUUGUUUUGACUUGCGUUGAAACGCAAUAAAAUUUUCCACUUUCUUUAAGCUGCAGACUAAGUAAUAUAUACCUAUAUCUAAUAUAAUGGCUCUUCGAGGAGCAUCAAAAUUGUUUGCAUUGAGACGAAUUCAAAGUGUACCCGUUGCUCUUUAUCAUGAAAAUGUUUUAGAGCAUUACGAGAAUCCAAGAAACGUUGGCUCACUUGAUAAGAAAGAAAAAAAUGUUGGUACAGGUCUUGUUGGUGCACCUGCAUGUGGAGAUGUCAUGAAACUUCAGAUCAAGGUUGACGACGACGGAAAAAUCAUUGAUGCAAAAUUUAAGACAUUCGGCUGUGGAUCUGCAAUUGCUUCAAGCUCUUUGGCAACAGAAUGGGUUAAGGGAAAAACUUUAGAUGAAGCCGGAAAAUUAAAGAAUACGGACAUUGCUAAGGAACUUUGCCUUCCACCAGUUAAAUUGCAUUGUUCAAUGUUGGCCGAAGACGCAAUAAAAGCAGCAUUAGCCGAUUACAAGAAGAAACAAUCACCAAAGGAUGUUUGAAAUGUCCAAAUAGAAUAAUUUUCGUUCAAUUACGCUGAUACUUAAGUAUUUCAGGGAUUGAUGUUUGGCAACAAAAAUAAUUUUUCUUUAGACUGUGUAUGAAAUGAAAUUAGUGAAAUCACACAAGUUGCUGAUUUCAAACAAAACUAAAUAAAAAUAUAAAACAGCGCAAAGCGCAUUGUGAGGAGAAUUUGCUUUGUUUAUUAACAAAUUGUUUUCAUCAUUGUAGUUAUCGAAAAUUUUUCUCGUCCAUUGUUAUCAUUGUGAGUUUGUUUUAAAUGUGUUCAUGAA